UUUGUUUCACAGCCUUCUUUCCCCUGGAUUUGCAUCAGUUUUAAGGAUGUUCGACUUCGAGAGCACUGCAGUAAUCUCUCAUAUGUCACUUCGGAAGACUUUCACUACCUGCACAGAGAGGUAAAUGGAUGCACACAACCAAUGGCUCCUUUAGGAUUGAUGAGCCUCAUGUUCCUUAUGCGCUCUUUGAUUCUCUGCACGCUGGCUGGAUAUGGGGUGCAUUGCUCAAAUCUGGCUUCUCAAACUAAUGACUGGUUGAACAUCUCUGUUCCUCUGAACAGAGCCAGCACCCAGUUAUUCUUCACCAAGUCUGUAUAUACUUUUGAAGUGAAAGAAGAUACACAGCCAGGAACAAUUGUGGGACAUCUGGAAGCAGUACAUAAUGAAGGACACAGGAGCCUAAUGUAUUCUGUGCUAGAGGAUGAUGGAGAUGGCCUUUUCCUUCUCAACCCACAUUCUGGAGAGUUCCUUUUAUCCCGUGUGUUGGAUUUUGAGGCAGAGCAAUUCUACAUCCUAACAGCAGCAGUACAGUCCACAGAUAGUCAGCUUACAAGAGUCAGGGUGUAUUUCAACGUGGUUGACGUCAAUGAUAACCCACCGGUAUUCAAACUGAAUGUUUACUCCGUUUCCCUGCAAGAAGAUGCGCGGAUCGGCCUGUGUUUCUUCAACUUAAAUGUCUCAGAUGCCGAUGAUGGAAUAAAUGGAGAAUUGGAUCUUGCCAUAAUAUCUGGAGACAGCGAAAACAGGUUUUCAAUAAACAAAAUGGAUAAUUUGUGUUUAAAACAAGAGUUAGACAGAGAGAAAUGUGCAAUUUACAGUCUUUUAAUUCAGGCCAAUGAUCGUUCGGUACCUGAAGACACACAUCUUACAAGCACUGUGCGUGUUUCUAUUUAUGUUGAGGACAUUAAUGACAAUGCUCCACUCUUCAUAUCGGACAGUACUGUGUCCUGUCCAGAGGAUAUCCCUCUUCAGUCUGUUGUUACAGUUAUACAAGCAGUCGAUGCAGACUCUGGAGCCAAUGGGGAUGUUCUAUACAGUCUAGAGAAUUUAGGAAGGGGAUUGUUCAGCAUCAGUCUCACAACUGGAGUCAUAUAUCUGCAGAAACAAUUGGACAGGGAGCUUGAAGAGAUCAUUACGAUCACAGUAACAGUCAGAGAUAAAGGAUUUCCUCAGCUGUCCAGCUCUAUGAACCUGACAGUGGUUGUUGAGGACAUCAAUGACCAUGACCCAGUGUUUUCACAGGCCUCGUAUAGCCUGUUUAUAUAUGAAGGCACUCCUCAUGGAACAAGCCUGCUUACCAUUCAAGCAAAUGAUAAUGAUACUGGGAAUAAUGGAGAAGUACGGUAUGAGAUCUCAGAGAGUGGGUUUCUAGUGGACUCAGUCUUGGGUGUCAUCUCAGUAAUACACCAGUUGGACAGAGAGAGGAACUCUUUCUAUUCUUUCACUGUUACAGCAAUGGAUAAGGGAGAUGUUCAAAGAUCUUCAACAGCCACCAUAAAUAUCACACUACUGGAUGUAAAUGACUGUGUUCCUGUUUUCUCCCAAGAAUUACUCAUUUUACAUGUACUAGAGAAUGAGGAAGAUCCUUCAGAGACCAUUCAUCAGAUAUCUGCAUUUGAUGAAGACCUGGGAGUAAACAGCCAUUUGACAUACUUUAUCAAGAAUGGAAAUUCAAAGGAGUUGUUCGUAUUAGAUCCAAAUGGAACAUUCCACAUAUUACAAAGUCUUGACAGGGAGGUACAAAGUCACCACGUAUUAACGAUAAUCACUGUGGACUCAGGUGUCCCUCCACUGACAGGAACAGGAACUAUACAUGUUCUUGUUGAUGAUGUCAAUGACAAUAAGCCUGUAUUUGAUGAUGAUGAAUUUAGUACAUUUAUAUCAGAAGAUGACCCAAUUGGAACGAUAUUUGCAACAAUUACAGCCACAGACAAAGAUGUUGGUGUAAAUGGGCAAAUCAGGUAUUCUUUAGAAAGAUCCAGUGCACCAUUUUCCAUAAAUGAAACAAACGGAGAGUUAUUUACCACCGGUGCCCUGGACAGAGAGGCAAUGGCCUCUUACAGUUUGACUGUAGUUGCCCAUGAUGGGAAUGCCACGAAUUCUCUCUCAAGUUUGACUACUGUACGAGUAAUAGUACAGGAUGUGAAUGAUAACUCACCCCAAAUACUCUAUGGACCAUAUGUUGCCAAUGUUCCUGCUGAACUGACCAAAGGAUCAGUAGUGUGUGCAGUAAUGGCCGAGGACGCAGACGAAGGAAAUAACGGACAGCUGAAUUUCUCUCUAUAUGGACAAGAUGCCCAUCUCUUUACUAUAAAUUCUGACAGGGGAACCGUGUUCAGCACAGAGGCCCUCAAAAGUACAAGAGACAUUACAGUCAGUGUUCGUGUGCAGGAUGGAGGUGCCAAUCCUAAAAUAGAUAACACCACCUUGACUGUACGAUUCCAAAAUGCUUCAGAUUUUCCCCAUCUUGUGGUGCAGGUCAGUCAGCAUUUGCUCCCUGAAGACACACUUCCUGGAACCAUGGUGGCAGUAGCUACAGCAGACACAAAUAGAUUUGAACCUAUAUCUUUUUACUUGGCAACUGGAAACAUUGGAGAGGUAUUUGAGCUACAUGAGCAGACUGGUGAGAUGAAGGUGAAAGGAUCUUUGGAUUUUGAAAGCAACAAAGAUUUCCAUCUUUUAGUCGAGGCUAGAGACUCAGGUCUCCCACCGUUUUCCACUUAUGCUGAAAUUUAUUUGAACGUCAGUGAUGUGAACGAUAACCCACCUAUCUUCACGAUGAAAGAGUAUCGGUGCGAAGUAUUUGAGAACUUACCUGUGGGUUGGGUAUGUGAUGUGGUUGCGACUGAUGCUGACUCUCCUGCAAAUGGACAAGUACAAUAUACCAUUUUGUCUGGGAACAUAGAUGAUGCAUUUACAAUAGAUAAAACUCAUGGCAUUCUUCGAACAAAAAGGAGUUUAGACAGAGAGGACAUACCAGAGUACAAACUCAUUAUUAAAGCUGUAGAUAAAGAUGACAGUAGGCACACUUCGACUGCAGUAGUAAAUAUAGUUGUUCUGGACACAAAUGACCAUGCACCUCGUUUUUCUGAGAUUUUCUUUAUAGAGCUUUCUGAGGAUGCACUAGCUGGCUUUCCAGUGAUCCACAUAACAGCUAUGGAUGAAGAUAUUGGUGUUAAUGCUAUCAUUUCUUAUUCUAUUGAAGACCAAGAUGAGCAAAUACCUUUCAGUAUUGACAGAAAUAGUGGAAGAAUAUUUGUGGUGGGUCCUUUGGAUAGAGAGCAUCAAGACCAUUAUAUUGUGAGAGUUAAUGCUAAUGAUUCAGCUUGGAGCAUCAGUACAGAUGUCACUGUAAUCAUUACAGAUAUCAAUGACAAUAUACCAUUUUUUUCACAGCCCAGGUAUUUUGUAACUAUUCCUGAGACAAAAGACAAGGACAUUUUCCUUUUAAAAGUCACUGCCAUGGACAGGGACCUUGGACAAAAUGCCCAAAUUAUGUACUUUAUUGAACCACCAAGUGAGAAGUUCUUUGUUAACAUAUCUACUGGAGACAUUUCUACAAAACAACUGAUUAUCCUCAAUGAAUCUGAAUCUCAAAGCUUUAACUUUACUGUUGUAGCUGUAGAUUGUGGCAAUAUACCUUUGAACAGCUCAGUCAUGGUCACAGUAAUCUUUGUUCAACAUAAUUAUUUUCCACCCUCUUUUUUGCCUUUUAUGCCAAAUGUGUCAGUUCCUUUUACCUUGCCUGUUGGAACAGAGGUUCUCCAUUUAACAGCCAUAGAUCCAGACUUUCCAAAAAAGAACAAUAGUGUUGAGUACAUCAUCAGUGGAGGGAACGCAUCAAAUUAUUUUGAGGUGGAACAUUUUACUGGGAAAGUAUGUUUGAAUAGAACAUUCAGGCCCAAUUUCAGCACUUUCCUCAAUCUUGUAGUUACAGCCAAAGACAGAGGCUUCCCUCCUCUUUCUGCCCAGAUUGACAUCAAGUUGGAAGUAACACAGGAAAAUUUGUUCAGUCCCUAUUUUUCAGAAAAUCACAUUGCAUUUUCUGUCCCCGAAAACCUCCCUUUGGGGUCGGUCAUUGGAAAGAUUCAGGCACAAGAUCAAGAUGCUGGUUUGAGUGGAUUGGUGUCUUAUUCAAUUGAAGAUGGGAAUACGGAUGGACUGUUUUAUAUAGAGCACCUUUCAGGACUGAUCAAGCUAGCGAAACACCUUGACUUUGAGACGAUAGAAAUUCAUCACAUUCUUAUCAUUGCCAAAGAUGGAGCCUGGUUCUCCAAGACUGGGAGAAUCAGUGUCACCAUAAAUGUUACAGACAUUAAUGAUAAUCCACCAGUCUUCACUUCUACUGAGUACAUGGCUUCUCUCUUAGAAAACAGUGCAAUAGGAUCUUCAGUGAUUCAGAUCAUCGCCACUGAUAAAGAUUCUGGAAGUAAUGCACAAAUAACGUAUUCACUAAUAUCAGGGGACAUGGAUUACUUUUAUUUGGAUUCCAUAAACUGUACUAUAUACACUCUGGAGAUGCUUGACUUUGAGCAACAGCAGAGUUUUGAACUUACUGUCAAGGCCUCUAACUUAGAUAAUCAAAAUUUAUAUGAUAUAGCACAUGUUACCAUUCAGUUGAUAGAUGUCAAUGAAUAUAUACCGAGUUUCCAGAAACAUAUUUACAACUUCUCUGUGCCUGAAACUGUUCCUUUACAAACAGAAAUUGGAAGUGUUGUGGCUAUAGAUUAUGACUUGGGGUUUAAUGGUGAGAUUCAUUACUUACUUUUUGGUCAAAGUAAAAAAGCUGGCUUUGUAGUUCAUGAAAAGAGUGGAAAGAUAUACACCUCCAAAGACAUGAGAAAUCAAGGACAGAAUCAUGCUGCUCUCCACAUAAUUGCUAAAAACAGAGGGAGCAUUACCGGCUUCAACGUUGAUGAAGCCCUUGUUCACAUACAUAUAAUUGAUGAAAAUGAUCCUCCAGAAUUUGAUUCUGCUCUCUAUGAAAUAAUGAUACGCGAGGAUACUUCAGUUGGGACCUCUGUAGUUCAAGUAAGCGCCUCAGAUCAAGAUGUAGUACUGAAAUGGAGCAGGUUCUCCUAUGGCAUAGAGAGUGGAAAUGUUAACAACUCCUUCAUUAUUGAUCCUGUCACUGGAAUUAUCAGCGUAUACAAUGAGCUGGAUAGAGAGUUGUGGCCUUUUUAUAACCUCACAGUUAUCGCGAUUGAUGAGGGCUCACAUCCUGAAACAGGCAGCACAUCUGUAGUCUUUACCAUUAUUGACAUCAAUGAUAAUGCCCCUAGACUUACAUCCACAGAUGGAUUUGUUCGGGAAAAUCAGCCACAUGGCACAUUAGUGGCUACAUUGACAGCUGUUGAUGAUGAUCUCCCUCCAAAUCAAGGUCCUUUCACAUACUGGCUUAUAAGGCCUGCCUUGAGAAACAGUUUUACACUCACAUCUGAUGGAGUUCUUUUCACUUCCAGACCACUGGAUCGUGAAGUCAGUCCUUUUUUCGAUAUACAUGUAGUAAUCCAGGAUGCAGGUUCCCCUCCCUUGUCCUCCACCACCAUGUUUCAUGUUAAGGUUCUGGAUGAAAAUGACAAUCCACCAGUACAACGAACAAUCAAUAUUUUUGUCAAAUAUUAUGGAACCUUUUUCCAUGGAGGACUGAUUGGUAAUGUGAGACCAGAUGAUCUGGAUGAAUUAGAUGUGUUUAACUGCACUAUUAUAAAUGGACAGAGGAAGAUGUUUAGUUUUCCUUUUGGGAUGUGUGACUUAUGGUCUUCACCAUUUCAAGGAGAGGCAGCACACAAUUUCACUGUUGAAGCAAGUGACCACUUCCACCCAUCAGUAAACAACAGCAUCUAUGUAAAUUAUAAAGGGUUUACCAAUUUGUCAUUGGACAAUUGUGUCUUGUUCUAUGUCUCUUUUGCCAAUCUUGAGAACUUUUUGUCACUGAACUACCUGAAGUUUGCAAAAGCUCUGGAUAGCCUCUUCAAUCUACAAGCAUCUAAGAGUCAUGUAUUUGGAAUGAGGAUACAGGGCAAUGAAACAGUUCUUCUUGCAGCAAUGAAAAGUUAUAAUGGACUGUAUCUGAGUGGAACUGUGGCAAGUGGCAUCUCACGCAUGCAUAAGAAGUUGCUUGAGGUACAGAGCAAUGUGACUAUAUCUCAAAUAACCAGUGAUCCGUGCUCACUCAAACCCUGCCAAAAUGGUGCCACCUGUAACAGAAAUAUCCAUAUUACUCAAGAUGUUGCUGUUUUGGAGAGUUCUCGUCUCAUAUUUGUGUCUCCACAGUAUGCAGAGGUUUAUAACUGUUCAUGCCCUGCUGGCUUUACUGGAACUAGGUGUGAGUAUGAUAUAGAUGAAUGCUUGGAAAACCCUUGUGAAAAUGGAGGUAGCUGCUUUAACAACCCUGGAGGAUUUCUAUGCCAUUGCUCAGAGGGCUUCUCUGGAAUGCAUUGUUCUGUUGUUGAUAAUGAGUGUCAGAGAGUGGUGUGUUCAAAUGGUGGGACAUGCUGGAACAUACAAGGAGGAUUCUUCUGUGACUGCAGACCUGGAUAUGAAGGAAGAUUUUGUGACUACAUUAUAGACCAUUGUGCAUCAUCCCCUUGCCUCCAUGGCCAAUGCUCAAAUUUUUUAACAGGGUAUACUUGUCACUGUCCAUUUGGUGUCACUGGAGUUAACUGUGAAGAGCAUAGUUAUGGCUUUGAGGAGUUGUCCUAUUUGGAAUUUCCCCCUUUAAAUCCCAGAUACAAUUUUAUCUCUCUGGAAUUUGCAACUGUGAAACAGAACUCUUUGCUUUUGUACAAUCCGGGAGAGCUGUCAACUUCAGAGUUUCUUGCACUUGAAAUUGUGGAUGGAAGGCUACGUCUCUCUUUUAAUCUUGGGUCAGGGGUUACAAGACUGGAGACAGCUAAACCAGUGGCUGAUGGAAGCUUCCACAAUGUCACUCUUAGGAGAAUUGGAAAUAUAGCCUCUUUGGAGGUUGACAGCUGCAGUGCUGAUGAGCCUAGAGAUUUUUGUUUGUCACAGCUUGAAGGUAUUGGAAAACAGAGUUUUCAGCAGUCUGAGCUCAAAGGCUAAUGCGUAUAUAGCUACCAGUGAUGC